AUGCACUUUUUCGGUCUCCUUCUGACUCUUACAGCCACUUCAUCUGCCAUCGAUAUCAGAGGCUGGACUAGCGAUGGCUGCCGAGGUUCCUUUAGAGCCUGUACAGGCAUCGACCCCAGAUUAUGCUGCAUAUUUAGCGAAACAUCAAGCAGUGGCAGGUAUAGCAUUUCUGUGAAUGCUAUCCCAACCUCCUGGCGUAUUGGAGCCGAGGCUCGAACUGGUGGUGCUUGCAGAUAUAUCGGAACCUCGGCAUCACCCGCAAGCGGCAGAAAAGACAUUUGUAUGCGGUACACAAACCGUGGCGACCGCACAGGAGGCUACUACUACUUUCCCACCCUUAAGCGUGCUGCCGAUAAUUCUUGCCCCACUGAGCAGCCCGCAGAUGGGAAAUGCGAAGCCAGCGUCAAGCCCAACGCGCUUGGUCUUGAGGAUGGCACUAUGUACGACAUUACCGGCCUCACGGAGGAGAAGAUCCAGGAGUUGGAGGAAAUUGCCAUUGCCGGCGCUACUGCUGAUGCCGUGCCUAUCGAGUUCAAGAUCCUAAGCGUCUAA